AUGGAUGGUGAACGUACUUAUCCUCCGCUGAAAAAGCGGCGAAUUUCUGAACAGCGCUUCAAGCUAGAAUAUAACGCAGAAUGGCCGACCAUCACCCGGUCGAAGCUGGACGACUUCCACGCUUACUGUAUGUUGUGUAAGACAGAUUUUAGCGUGAGGCAUGGGGGCCGACACGACGUUGAAAAGCACAUCAGGACUGCUAAACACACGUCAUACAAGGCGGCAGUGGAAGCUACAAGGCCCAUCGCGGGCUUCUUUACGGUUGACAGUGACACCAGUGUCAUAAAUGCCGAAGUGCUCGCUGUGGACUUUCUGGUGGAACACAACAUCCCGAUCGCGGUGGCCGACCACAUCGGGCCACUGGUGAAAAAGAUGUUUCCGGACUCGAAAAUCGCUGGAAAGUAUGGGUCUGGUCGCACAAAGAGCAGCGCCAUUGUUGGAGCUCUUGCCAAGGAGGAUGCGUCUGUGAUCACGGAGGCAAUGAGGACAGCUCCAUACUCCCUAGCCACGGAUGGGAGCACUGACUAUGGAGACUGUAAGCUGUAUCCUCUUGUUGUGAAGUACUUUGAUCGAGGACUUGGGCGUGUUCUGACAGUACUCCUAUCUUUGCCAGAGUGUCAUGAGGCAUCUACUGGGCAGAACAUAUUCAAACUCAUUGACAAUGAACUUGAGAAACGUAGCAUAUCCUGGGACAACUGCAUGAGUUUUGGGGCAGAUAAUGCCAUGGUGAUGCAGGGACUCAAAGCUGGCACGGCAGGCUACAUCAACAAAAAAAACAGUGCAGUAUAUGUGCUGGGAUGCCCGUGCCAUCUAAUUCAUCUAGCUGCAGAAAAAGCUGCUGCUCAGCUUCCAGUGUCCAUUGAAGAGCUGCUGGUGGACAUAUACUUCUACCUAGACAAAUCCAGCAAGAGGAAACAGGGACUGAAGAAAUUUCAGGAUCUGUGUGGAGUGGAAAUGAGAAAGAUUGUUAAACAUGUAAGUACGAGGUGGCUCUCUUUAGAUAAAUGCAUCGCCAGGUUGUUGCAGCAGUGGCCUGCAUUGCUGCAAUACUUUGAGUCAGAAAAGUCUGGGCACAGCAGCAAGGACAAGACCACGCAGAGCAGUAGCUAGGACAAG